AUGCAAAUGAAAGAUCAUGUUUCCAACCUUGCCUCUCUCAUCCUUACCCAACCCUCUAGGGAGAGACUGUCAUUUCCUGCGUUGUUGGAUCAAGCUACUAUUUACGUGAAGCAACUGAAAGAUCACCUAGAAGAACUGAGGCAAAAGAAGGAACAACUCCAAGCUGAUGGAGCUGGAAUUAAAGAUCAGAUGAUUGGGUUGGUGUCACCAGUGCUUGCCAUAAGAGAGAUGGGUUCUAUUUUGGAGGUGAAUUUGAUAACUGGCUUAAGUAAGAGCUUCACUUUGCAUCAAGUUUUCAGUGUUCUUCAGCAAGAAGGUGCUGAAGUUNCUGCCAGGAAGAAAUAG